AGUUCUUGCAAACAACGAAGAAUUGUCAAGAAAUAUAUAAUAGGGAAUAAAAAGAACAGAGAAAAGAGAAUAAUGGGGUUUUGUAUUAAAAUCCUCCUACUGCUUACCUUUGGCUGUGUAGCUACUUUAGCUACAGUUCAGAAGAUUUAUCUAGGAGCGGAAUCCCAGAGCCAAACGGCACAUGCCCCUGGGAGAUUUGUUCCACAGUACAGGCCUGCUCAAGAACCAGCCAGAUUUCAACCAAGGCCUGUGCAAAGGCCCGCUGAGGUCCAGACACCGACACAAGUUCAAGACCCUUUCCUCCAGUCAAAGCAGACCUUCAAUGAGCCUUUGACCUGGCGGUUUCCUGAAGAUCCAAUCAAAGAGGUGCAGCUGGCUAUUGUUGAGCAGAGACCGCCGCCUGUGCCUGUAAAUAGUGUGGCAGUUCAAUGUGGGGAGAAUUCUGCCCACGUUGAAGUCAAGCGAGAUCUGCUCGGUAUCGGCCAACUCAUUAACCCAGCGGAUCUCACCUUGGGAGGCUGUGUGGUCACCGGGGAGGAUGCUUCUGCUCAAGUGCUGAUCUUUGACACAGAGCUGCACGGAUGUGGCAGCACUCUGACGAUGACUGAUGAUUCACUGGUCUACGUCUUCACACUCCGUUAUACACCAGCCACUCUGGGCAGCAGCCCCAUUGUUCGGACAAGAGAAGUGGUGGUCUGGGUUGAGUGCUACUACCAAAGAAAGCAUGACGUGAGCAGCGGUGCAGUGAAGCCCACCUGGAAUCCCUAUGCCUCCACUAAGGUUGCAGAGGAGCUCCUGUACUUCUCCCUGAGGCUAAUGACUGGUAACUGGCAGUUGGAGAGACCCAGCAACGAGUACAUUCUUGGAGAUAAUAUUAACUUUGAAGCUUCUGUCGUCCAGUUCUACCAUGUGCCCCUCCGAGUCUUUGUGGACCGCUGUGUAGCCACAGUCAUCCCAAACAUUAACACUGUCCCAAGAUAUGCCUUCAUCGAGAACCGUGGUUGUCUGGUCGACACCAAGCUGACAGGGUCCAGGUCCCAGUUCAUGCCUCGCACAAUGGAUGACAAUCUCCGGUUCCAGAUGGAAGCCUUUAGGUUUCAGGAUGUGAACACUGGCUCGCUGUACAUUACCUGCCUCCUGAAAGCCACAACAGCUUCAGCCCCUAUUGAUCAUGAGAACAAGGCCUGUUCCUUCUUGAAUGGAUGGAGUGAGGCCAGUAGGAAAGACCAGGUGUGUGGCUGUUGUGACACAGACUGUGGCAUGAGAAGGGAACCGGGUCCAGGUUUCCAGUGGGAGCAAGAAGUUUCUAUUGGUCCUCUCAACAUCAAGGAAAAGCUUCUUGACUGAUGGCCUACUUUUCAUUUGGACUGACUUUCCUACCAACAUUUUUUUUUCUGGAUGAUUAAGAAAGUACAUCAUUUUGAAGG